GUGGCUUCCAAAUUCAUGCCGGUUUCCAGCUUGAUCAUCGGGGUGGAUUUGGUCCCCAUCAAGCCAAUUCCCAACGUGGUGACGCUGCAGGAGGACAUCACCACUGAGAAGUGCCGCCAGGCCCUGCGCAAGGAGCUGCAGACGUGGAAGGUGGACGUAGUGCUGAACGACGGAGCGCCCAAUGUGGGAGCUAGCUGGGUGCACGAUGCCUAUUCCCAAGCCAACCUGACCCUCAUGGCCCUGAAACUGGCCUGCGAAUUCCUUUGCAAAGGCGGCUGGUUCAUCACCAAGGUUUUUCGUUCGCGGGACUACCAGCCGCUCCUCUGGAUCUUCCAGCAGUUCUUCCACAAGGUCCAGGCCACCAAGCCCCAAGCCUCCCGCAACGAGUCUGCUGAGAUCUUCGUGGUGUGCCAGGGUUAUCAGGCUCCAGACAAAAUCGACAGCAAGUUCUUUGACCCAAAAUAUGCUUUCAAGGAGGUGGAGGUUCAGGCUAAGUCUGUUAGCGAGCUGGUCAGCAAAAAGAAGCCAAAGGCAGAAGGCUAUGCAGAUGGCGACACAACCCUCUACCACCGCUUCACGCUGAUGGACUUCCUCAAGGCUCCCAAUCCCGUGGACUUCCUCUCCAAGGCCAACGAGAUCACACUGGGGGACGGUGAGCUGGAGAAUCACAGUUCCACCACGGAGGAGCUACGUCAGUGCUGCAAGGACAUCCGUGUGCUGGGGCGCAAAGAGCUCAGGGCCAAAAAGCUGAAAGAGCAGGCGAAGGAGCUGGAUAUCAACUUGAGCUCUGGUGAAGAGGAGGAAAGCAAAGAGGAGGAGAAGGAGAAGACGACGUCGGCAAGAUCCACAGCUGAUGAGGUGGUGAAAGAGGAAGAGGAGGAGGUAGAGCAGGCAUUGGCAGAGAUGAAGGCCAAGGAGCUGGCAGAGUUAAAGAGAAAGAAGAAGAAGAUUCUGAAGGAACAGCGGAAGCAGCGUGAGCGUGUGGAGCUGAAGAUGGACCUCCCUGGUGUCUCCAUUGCGGAUGAUGGUGACACCAGCAUGUUCUCCCUCCGGACUAUCCACAGGACCCCGCUGCUGAAUGAGGUGACCCGGGGGGACAUGGCAUCGGCAGAUGCCCUCCUGGAGAUAGAACCUGGGGAGGAUGAUAUUUAUGUCUCAGAUCAUGAAGCAGAGGACGAUGAUGUGUCCCUGGCCAGUGAUCUAGACCCAGAGGAGCUGGUUGAGAUAGAGGCCCGUCAGCGCCGGCUGGAGCGGGAAAGGCGAGAGCAGGGUGAAAAGAGGAUGAAGUUUCAGCAGAAGGAAGAGGAGGAGGAAGGGCAGGAAGAGGAGAAUCCACUGCUGGUGCCCCUGGAGGAGAAGUCGGUGCUGGAGGAACGGCAGACCAGCCUGUGGUUCGGGAAGGACGCCUUUGCCGGCAUCGAGGACGACGCGGAUGAGGACCUGGAGCUGGGGCAGUCGCAGAUGUUGGCUGAGAGACAGCGCGAGUCUCAGAGAGAGAAAGCAACAAGGAAAGAGCAGAAGAAGAAGGAGAAAGCUCCUCCUCCAGAGGAAGCUACAGCUGAGCCCUUGCCUGCCGCAGACACAGGACCCGACACUGGUAAAGAGCAGGAUGAGCAGAGCAGCGACGACGACAGCAGCAGCAGCGACGACGAGAGGCCACCGUCACCAGUGGGCAGGAAGCGGGGCCGUGUUGAGCCAUGUGGCUUCGAGGUGGUGCCCAUUGAGAACCCAGUGAAAAGAGCCCGUGUGCUGGACGCAGAGGGCCUGGCACUCGGCUCCGUCAUCGCCACCUCCAGAAAGGCCCGGCGGGACCUGAUCGAUGACUCCUUCAACAGCCCCAUCAAGAAGGGGGCAGAGGCCAAGGCCCGCAAGAAGCGGCGGAUGCUGAAGAAGAUGGAGCAGAUGAAGAAGAAAGCGGAGGCCGUGGUGAGCACGGUGGAUAUCUCGGAGAGGGAGAAGGUGGCCCAGCUGCGGCGCAUCUACAAGAAGGCUGGGCUGGCCAAGGAGAAGCGGCAGGUCACCUACUUGGUGGCUAAGAAAGGCGUGGGACCCCGGGUGCGCCGUCCUCCUGGCGUCAAGGGCCAGUUCAAGGUGGUCGACAGCCGCCUGAAGAAGGACGUGAGGGCUCAGAAGCGCAAAGAACAGAAGAAAAAACGUCACAAGUGA